GUAACUACAGGUUCAUUCUACUGUUGUGUGUUUUAUGAUUGAACGACAAAGUGUGAGAUAGAACAGACCAAAUUACUUGCUUGUUAAUAAACUGUGGAAUAUUGAAGCACGAAGGGUAUUUAGAUAACAGUUUUGGAAAAAUAUUUUCGUUCAUACAAUUAGAUCGUGAAAGUGAACUCACGAAGCUUAACGAACGAACGAACGAUCACAAGAAAGACACAUCACCAGUCCGUUUUCUAUUUAUUUUGGAGAAUUGAUUGCGCAUUUUAAUAUAUAAUUUUUAUAUUUCCUACAAGAUAAUUGUCCGCACAAAAUGUCCACGCGAUACAUGAAGAGGAUCUACGGCGGCAAUGCCAUUCGCGAGGAAAAUAACGAAGCUGCCAGCGACACGGAGGUGUCAGUGACGAAUGACACCAAGUCCAAGUCCUUCAACGUUUUCGACGUGUUAAGUCAGAGCUCGGACAACGAUGAGCAAGAUACUAGUGAUAAGCAAGAUAACGAGGACCUGGUUGCGAGUGAUGGCAACGAAAAUUGCAACGACAUGAAACGCAAGAAGAAGAAGAAGAAGCGGAGGAAGCCAGAGAAUAUUAAGAAUCAGCAGUUGCAGCAGCACGAUGUGGAAAGUAAUGACAGUGUGGAUGAAGUUGAACGAAGCAUAUGGGAAGUGAAUAAAUUGUUGGGAGAGCCAAGUGUGGCAGGUUGCAGUAAUCAAAUUUUAGAACCACAAUGGAUUAAUAAUAAAUCUAAGGAAGACGUACUGAUUGUGCAGCACAAACAUCUGAAUCCGUAUAAUGAAUUAAAGAGAAUCUUUGGCAGUAAAACUGUGGAAGCCGAACAGAGCAAGACAAGAAACAGAGGUCGUUCCGGACACUUAAGGAAGACGUGGUUGGUCAGUCCACGCGACAAUUGGCCACCACUAGGUAAAUUCGGCUUGACAAUGUCUUUCGAUCAUGGCAUGGACGAUACAGGGAAUGCACAAUAUUUUGUAUACCAGCACAGCUCUUCGUACAAACAGAUCCAAUUGAAAUUUCUGCGGGCUGUUGAAAGUUUAAAUCCAGAAAAUAUAAUCAGCAUAAUAAAUGCACACCCUUACCACGUGGACGCUCUCCUGCAGACGUCCGAAUUGUGUAACGUAAGCGAGGAUCUGGCGAUGGCAGCGGAAUUCGCCGAACGAGCCUUGUACAGUCUGGAGUGCGCGUUCCAUCCGUCCUUCAAUCUAACGACCACGCAGUGUAGAUUGGAUUACAGGAAGCAACAAAAUCGCGCACUUUUUAUAGUACUCUUCAAACACCUUGGAUUUGUCGGCGGACGGGCUUGUUACAGAACGAGCUUGGAAUUUUGCAAGCUACUUCUGUCGUUGGAUCAUGCCGAUCCACUGGCGGUGAUCCUAUUCAUUGAUUUCUACGCCUUACGAGCCAGGGAGUACAAGUGGUUCGUCGAGUUCUGCAAUCUGUGGGAGAGCUCCCGCAAUUUAUCCCAGUUACCGAACAUAGCAUACAGCCUGGCCCUGGCUCACUUUCACCUGGGAAACAAAGCCGACGCCGACAACCUUUUGCAAAACGCUCUCAUCAUGUUUCCGGGCGUGCUCGCGCUCUUGCUGGAAAAGUGCAGCAUACAAACGGACGCUAAGGUAAUGUAUCACGCAUUUUUCAACUCUCGAGCGCAAGCCAGCACGCCACCGGCCUUGGAGAAGCUGCAAAAUUUAUACGUGCUGCGUAGCUUCCACCUUUGGAAGGAGGCAGACAUCUUGCCGUGGCUGAAAGAGUGCGUUCACGCGGUGCUGAAUCGAGUUGAGUCCAAGGACGAUUACGUCAAGUUCUGUGACGUGAAGCGCGGAAAACGCUAUCAAGGGAGACUACCAAAAAAUAUUUUAAGGCAUAUCAUACUAGCGGACUUGAAAGAAGUUACGGUUAUCGUCCAAGAGGUUCAUAAUGAAAAUCCGGUGUUAUCGCACGAUCCAUUACCGCCAACGGACAGCAUCGACAUUUACAGGAGGCCUACAAUGAAUACCAGAGCACCUCCAAGCAGUUCAAAUUUCGUUUCUCUCUUUUUCUCCUCGCUGUUCACAAAUCUCGACGAUGAGACGGCAGCUGCUGCUUUAAACGGCUUAAAUUUAUUCGAGGAGAAUGAUGAUCAUGCAUAGUAGCAACUCUUUCCUAAUUACGUGGAACUUGAUAAUGAUAAUAACACCUAUAGAAAUUGUGCAGUUUUAAUAAUAUACGAAAUAUAAGAACAUACAAAUAACUGAUAGCAGAUAGCAGUGAUCCAGUAGGGAUCAUUUCAGGAUCAUUUAAUUUUACGUAUAAAGAAGUGGCUGCGAUAUCAAAUCCGGAGUUUUCAUCGGUGGAGAGUCAAGUAAUUUCUGAAUAUGUAUGGCAAUACCGCCAUCAUCGUGCACGCAAUUAAAUCGAUCAGCGAUCAUUGUAACAUCAAAAGUUAUCGUGUAUAUAUGUGUACGCGUUGGAAAUAUGGUGGAAGUAUCUAUAUUGCAGUAGAUGGAAUACGCUGUAAAUCCUAUAUAUGCAUCUCAUGUACACUGUAUACAUGUAUAUCGUUCAUAUAUCGCGAACGAUCAUUGCACCGAAUAUAAAAGAUACGAAUAAAA